AUGGAGGAGGUGGAGUGGACGCGAAGACCCAAGCCUGAGGAGCUAAGGGUUGGGCUCAUCAGCUGGGCAGGAUCCUACCUCACUUUUGAGGCAUAUAAGAACACGGUCACUGCUACUGCAAAGGGCUUGGGCCGGAGACAGACCUGGGAGAUCUUGGUGAGCAAUGAGCAUGACACACAGGCGGUGGUCCGACUACGGGGCUUGCAAGGCCUUUACCUCCUGUGCGAGGCAGAUGGCAGUCUAUGCUACGGCCGGCCCAGGACCAGCCACCACGGGUGCUUCCUCCUGCGUUUCCACCGCAAUGGCAAGUGGACCCUCCAGUGCAUAAUUAGUGGCCGUUACCUGGAGUCUGACGGUGAAGAUGUGUUCUGCAACUCCAGGGUCCUCUCAGCCUACCACAUGUGGACCCCCCGUCCGGCCCUGCACGUCCACGUGAUCCUCUACAGCCCUGUGAACCACUGCUACGCCCGGGCUGACCCCACUGUGGGCCGUGUCUGGGUGGAUGCGCCCGUUCCCUGCCUGGAGGAAUGUGGCUUCCUGUUGCAUUUCCAAGAUGGAUGCUACCACCUGGAGACCUCAACACACUUCUUCCUGUCCCACGUAGACCGGCUGGUCCCCCAACCCUCAGCACAGACGGCUUUUCACAUGCAGGUGCGGCCAGGAGGGCUCGUGGCCCUUAGCGACGGAGAAGGAGGCAUGCUGUACCCGCAGGGCACACGCCUGCUUCUGGGCCUGGGCUCCAAUCCCCACAGGGGUGAGGAGUGGUUCGUCCUACAGCGCUGUCCCACCUGGGUCAGCCUCAGGUCCAAGACUCGGAAGUUCCUCUCCAUCGUCUAUGAUGUUGAGGUAUGCGCUGCCUCUGAGCACAUAACCCCAAUGUCCUUGUUCCAGUUUGAAUGCGACGAUGAGAGCCCCACCUUGCAGCUUCGUGCAGCCAAUGGCUGCUACCUAGCCCAGAGGCACCACAGAACAGUGGUGGCUAAUGGGCACCCCAUGGAGCCUGAUACCUUCUUCCGAGUGCACUGGAAUUGUGGCAAGAUCAUCCUGCAGUCUCCCAAUGGACGCUUCUUGGGCAUCAUAGACAAUGGCCUGCUGAUGGCCAAUGCCACCAUCCCAGGCCCCAAUGAGGAAUUUGGGAUUCGAUUAGCUAACCGGCCCUUCCUUGUACUGCGAGGUCGUUAUGGGUACGUGGGCACGUCCUCAGAGCAUGACCUCAUGAAGUGCAAUAUGGACCAGCCCGACUGCAUCCAUCUGCUGCCUUGCCGCCAGGGCAUCUACCACUUCCAGGCACAGGGUGGAUCCUUCUGGUCAAUAACAUCCUUCGGCACCUUUCGUCCUUGGGGGAAGUUUGCUCUCAACUUCUGUAUAGAGCUUCACGGGAGCAACCUGCUCACGGUGCUGGCACCCAAUGGAUUCUAUAUACGAUCCGACCGAAGCGGCACCCUGUUGGCGGACAGCGAAGAGAUUACCAAAGAGUGUAUUUGGGAGUUUUAG